AUGGAAAUGGAGAAAGGGGAUACUCUUCUAAUUGUCGAGGGCACCCAAAAUCACAAAGCAAUUUAUGCUCCCAGCACAAAACUCCCUAAAACCUGGAAAAGAACAUCCAGCAAACUGGCUCGCGACCUCCUCGCCGUCAAUUACUCACCUCCACUCACGAAGACUUCACGACCUCCGCAGACGAUCUCGCCGACGACGUCCGACCUCCGACCGUGCUCCUCGCCGGUAAAAAAUCGGCGGAGGCAUGGCUCUGGCAGCGGCGCGACAUCUGGACCCCUCCGGUGGAAGCGGCGUCUCGAUCUUAGCGUUUGGCAGCCUGAUACUCUAAUCGACGGCGUGGGUUGGCGGAGGUUCUUGGCUUGGCUCGGGCGCAGCCCAGAUCGGUGGAGCCAGACAACAGGCAUUCCUUCGACCUUAAGCUUGAGGAAUGAGGAUGCUCUCGUAGACAACAGCCGUUGA